CUUAUUUGGGCUCUCCAACAGUAUAAAUAUGAAGAUGCCCUCUUCUUUGCUUUCUGCCUGAGAGAAAUCAGCAAAAAUGGGUGCUCUCUACUGUCUUUCAAACUUCUGCACCCUCACCACCAACUCCACCAGAACCAAAAGGAGAUCAAUGCAGACGGUGGAGAUCAAAGUGAAAAUGGAUUGCGAUGGAUGUGAGAGAAAAGUGAAGAACGCUGUUAAAAACCUGAGAGGAGUGAAAACUGUGGAAAUCAACCGAAAGCAAAGCCGGGUAACGGUUAGCGGCUACGUCGAUCCAAACAAGGUGUUGAAGAGUGUAAAGAACACAGGUAAAGGAGCUGAGUUCUGGCCUUACAUCCCAUACAACAGAGUUCAGUAUCCACAUGUUUCUCAAGUCUACGACAAGAAGGCUCCCGAAGGCUACGUAAGAAACGUUCAGGCCGUUCCUGUGCCUAACGCAACUGAAGAAACGUUUGCGUAUCUGUUCAGUGAUGACAACCCCAACGCAUGUUCUAUUAUGUGAAAUUUGAUCUCAUUUUCUGACUCAGAGACGGCAAUUGUUGUAUCUGUUUCUUGUGGAGUGAUGAGUUAGUUUUUUCGGAGUUAAAGAGUGUUGAGACAGUCAUGUUUUAGUACUUGUCAAAGUGUUUUGAGGCAUAUGAUGAGGUGAAAUCCUUGUACAACAAAUUUUGUUGUUCAUCAGCUGUAUUGAUUAACUUCUGUAAUAGCAACAUUUUGCAGCA